UGUAUGCAGUAGUAAUAAGAUCGAGGUAAACAAGGGGCACAUGAUGAUGAAGUUUGCCGGCAAAGUUGCACUUAUUACCGGCGGAGCGCAGGGUUUAGGGCGGGUUUUCUCUGAAGCCCUGUUAAAACGGGGAGCUAAGGUGUGUAUGGCAGAUAUUGAUGAUAAAACAGGACUGAAGACUUUGGCACAGUUCCAGCAACAAUAUGGCCAAGACAGUAGCACAUUUGUCAAGUGUGACGUAACAAGUGAAAAUGAGUUAAAAAAUGCAUUCAGCCAUACCAAGCAGUCACUGGGAGGCCUUGAUAUACUGUGUAACAAUGCUGGCAUAGUGAAUGAAAUUGACUGGAGAAAGACCAUUGACAUAAACCUGAUUGCAGUAAUGACAGGGACGUACCUGGGUCUUGAGGCUAUGAGAAAGGACAGAGGUGGCAAUGGAGGUGUUAUCAUCAACGUGGCUUCCGUUGCAGGUAUAAUAUCCAUAUCUGAAGGUCCAUCAUACACUGCGUCAAAGUUUGGGGUGGUGGGUUUCUCAAAAGCCAUGGGGGAAGAUAUUGAUUAUCCUACACAUCAAGUGAGAGUGAACUGUCUUUGUCCUACCUUUGCUGAUACUCCAAUAUUACAUAGCAGUGAUAGAAAAGUAACAAAGUCAAGUCAUUACAAGCUGUAUAAGAAGAGAAAAGAGCUGCUGGGGGUGAUGGAUCCUCAUAGAGUGGGAGAUGCCUUCAUACAGCUAGUUGAAGAUGAAAGUCAGAAUGGCUCUGUACUUACCGUCACCAGGGACCAGAUUAGAUACAAGAAGUACCCUCCCCCUCUCACUUUGACAAGCAAACUGUGAAAUACAUAAUAUGAAACUUUUAUUCUCUAGGUGAUUUAGAUAAAAUCGGCCCAAAAAAGUGCACACAGGCAAAGGGUUAUUUAACUGAAAGGAAAAAUGGGUGGAUAUGCAUAUGUGGUUCAUACAGUAGCCAUGGACAUUAUUUAUAGUUGGAGGAAAGAAAAAAAUGCAUUCAAAAACUAUUGAAUUGACAGCAAAAACGUGAGAUGAAAAUUAAUCAUGUAUGAAUGGGAAGGUGAUCGAUCAACCAAUUAAUAUAGUGACAAUUUAGUGCUAAAUAAAGCUGCAAGUUGUUGAGAACAGAUCGGGAGUACAUGAUUUUAAUAAUAUAGUUUCUAUAAAAUUAAAAAAAAUACUGUUUAUGAAGACUCAGUUUCUCAGAAAAGCAAAAGUUCUGAAAGAGGUUGGGUGAAAACUUUGGAAUGCUUUGGAGUCAUAGAGCUAGGGAAACCCAUUAGCAUGAGGGUUUUGAAUGGGCUUUCAAUACUUUUCUUUUGAUAACGUGCUAAAUGUCAGCAUCACCUUAUUCAUUUGCUCAAAAAUAUUUAGAUUAAGGGGUACUUUCUUGGCAUGUGACUUUUCAAAAUUCAAUUCCAUCAUAGUUAUGAGAAGCCUGUGUGCUUAAAUGUGGCAUGUAUAAGUCAGAUAAUGUAUAUCUAUUCUAAUACUUGUUUUAUUUUGGUGCAGAUCAGAGGCAGAAAGAAGCUGUCUUCUGGGUCUUCCAGAAAAUGGUCAGAAUUUUAAAGUUAACAUUGGCAGGCAUCUAAUUUUUCU